UGCGCACUUUAAUGAUGAAAGUUGUAAAAGAAUUGGAUCGCUGAUUCGCUGGCAUGUUCUGUCUCUUCUUCGUCUGACUUUGUUGCAUUCCUGCGACCUGUCCAUUGCAGAUCAGUCUCCCGAGAUCUUGUCGCGGCUAGCAGCCGCCAUUUCCUUUUCUCCGGUCGCCGCCAUAUCCGGAUGCUUGGACCCUUUUGAAGAAGAAGAAGAAGAAGAAGAAAAUUGUAGCUGCAAUAAGUCAGUCAAAAAAUGCUGCAAUCUCCAGCAAGACUAGGCCUUACAAACCCAAACUCACCCUCUCUUCAGAACCCUACACCUCCCAAACUUCCCCACCAACCACCACACCACCCAACCCAGCACCAACCCUCCUCCAAUCUCUCAUCCACUGUUACCAUCACCACCACCUCCUCAACCCUCCUCUCUCUCCUCCCACCACUCCCUCGAGCCCAGUCCCUUCUCCUCCAAAUGGCCUCCUUAGCCUCCAAACUCUUUGACGUCUCACCUAAUCGGUCCAUCUGGCUCACUGCCUUUCGAGGGUCUCUCCCUACCUUUCUCUCUUCCCAAACCCAAUCACUUGCCACCACCAACCCACUUGAUUCCUCUCCUUCCUCAGCCAAAGAGAUCCUCUCACUUUUCACCCUUCUACAGACCCAGCUCUUCGAAGCAGUUGCAGAACUCCAAGAGAUUCUUGAUCUUCAGGAUGCUAAGAGGAAAGUUGCCCGCGAAAUCCAGUCCAAAGAUUCUGCUCUUCUUGUGUUUGCCCAUAAACUCAAAGAUGCUGAGCGUGUUCUUGAUAUUCUUGUUGAUGACUACUCUGAUUAUCGACGACCCAAGAGAUCCAAAUUGGAGGAGGAUGUGGAGGACGAUUCUUCUUGCACAACCACUGUUGCAUCUCAGCUCAAAUUGUCUGAUAUUUUAUCAUAUGCCCACCGGAUAAGCUACACAACCUUUGCUCCACCUGAAUUCGGUGCUGGGCAAGCUCCUCUUCGUGGGGCUCUCCCACCUGCCCCACAAGAAGAGCAAAUGCGUGCUUCACAGCUGUACAAUUUUGCUGAUCUUGAUGUUGGUUUACCUAAAGCAGUUGAAACCAAGGAGAAAACAAUAGAAGCUAUUGUUGAGCCUCCCUCUGCACAGCCAGAUGUCAAAUCACUUGCCAAUAUGACUGCAAUUCAGGGUCUGCUUCCUCCAAAUAUCACUGUUCCAUCAGGUUGGAAACCUGGGAUGCCUGUGGAAUUGCCCAUUAAUUUGCCAUUGCCCCCGCCCGGGUGGAAGCCCGGAGACCCUGUGCCAUUGCCUCCAUUUGAGUCUCUUCCUGUUCCUAGGGCUGAUGAGCAACAAUUGCGUCCCCUCGCUCCUCAACAUAAGCCACCUGAACCGAUACAGGUUCGGCAUGUUGAGCUGGAUAUUCUGGAUCAAGACGAUGACAGCAGUGAUUAUAGUAGUGAGGAUGCAAGCUCUGAGGAUGAUGAUUGACGAUCAAAAGGCUAAUGCUUGAGGUAUUUUAGGUACCACAGAGGAUCCAGAAAGCUUCCCUGAGAUACAACCUGCGAAAGUUUGUUGCACGUAUUUGAAAUUGUGUUUGAUCUUGGUAUGUACAUCUGUUGCCCAUAUCUACUGUAUUCUGGACUUUUAGCUUAGAGGCUAAGAGCCCUGACUUCCGUGUUGCUGUCUGUUUUGCCAGGACUGAGAGUAGAUUGGGUCACUUUCCUCCAUAAUUUAUAUUUCCCUUUUUUUAUUCCUUCUCCCGUUUUGUUAUAGACACCCUCCUAAAGGCAUGCUUAAUGCUUAAAUGCUAUUGGUAAAGUGUGUUUUUUGUAAGAAGGCUGUUAGAGACACAAAAAGAUCUCACAAAGAGAUUCCACGUGCUCCUUAUCUCCCCGUGUCUUUCCACUCCUCUCUGCCUCGCACCAGCAAUGGUGGUCGGGGACCACCUUAGGGUGGACAAAAGUCGUCGACGAUCCAAGUGGCACUGUUGGAUAUUACAUGGGAGCUCACGGCAGGGGUCGGGUCGUGGCUUGCCAUGCACAUUUUGUGCACUAUAAUUGGUUGUGGUGUGGUCGUGGUUGCGCGGCAGGGGUGGUCGCGGUUUGCGUGGCCGACGUCCUGUGGCCAAGGUGGUUGCGGCGUGGCUAGGGUGGUCGCAGCACAGGUCAUGGUGUGGAGAGGCACAAGGCGGUCACGGCGUCACUGGGGUGGUCAACGGUCCGGUGGCCAGGGUGGUUGGGUACUGCCGGCAUGG